AUGAAAAAUCCAAACGCUUGCGAGAGUAAACGAUAUCAUAAAAAUAGCAUCGCGUCCAACAAGCGGAGAUUGAAGAUGAAUUUACCUGUCCCGGAUCAUAUGAAAGAAACUAUUGAGCAGCAGAAAAAUAAAAGGAAAAAGCACGAAGGACCACGAACGUGCGUGCGCGAGGGCCGAAAACGAAUCACUCUCGCCGAAAAGGCUAAUAUGAUCGAAUUUUGGGAAAACGAAAAGGCGAAGAAUCCGGAUGUCAAUGUGUCAACGGUGUCUAGCAAAUUCGGUCUUCACAAGGCCUCCUUCAGAUCAAUUAUCGUUCUUGCAGACGAAAUAAAACGAGCAGUUUUGAUUCCAGCAACAGCGAACAUGAUCUCCAUUCCUCAAGAAAAAAGGCUUCGCCAAAUGUUUGAAGACGCCGGGGUCGAUUUUCCUCCUUUACCUAAGAAGAGGAAAUCCGACUUACCAACUGACUACGAGUUCACUCUCUCCGCUGUUGAAAUCUCUGAUAUAGUAACGAACGUCCUGAGCCAGUGCAAAUUCGAUCCAGUCGAGCAAAUCCGUUUUGUGAUGAAUUUUAGGGAGCUUAUUGAAACUACCAACAAAAUUCCGAUCCCAUCCGGAAAAGCCUUUCUGCCGGAGUUUAUCUCCAACCCAAAUGGUAUGGAUGAUUGA